GAUAAAAACGGUUUGCUUUUGCUUCUUUUUCAAAAAAUAAAAAAAUAAAAUGGCACGACAUUUACAAUUCUCGUCGUCAUCCAUCAAAUUAUGUGUAACUUUGUUGCUGACUAUCUUUGCCUGUUCCAUGGCAACCUCGUACUCAUCUUGUCGACCUAAAGAAACAAAGAUGGUUGUUUACCUCCAAGAUAAUGGACCUGCAUCACCCUAUGCUUCCGGUGUUGUGAGUGCUGCACCAGACAAUUCGACGGCUCGCGGGUACAUCCUCACCACCGACAAUCGGGUGACCGAAAAAGUGUCAAAUAAAUCAUGUCUCGUCGGCCGGGGUCUAGGGAUAUAUACGAUCGCGUCGCCUGACGGGAAUGACGUCGUGGCUUUCAUUUCUUUUAUUAUUGAAAAGGGAGUGUUCAGUGGUAGCACGUUGCAAAUGCAAGGACAACAUUCACAAUUGGACAAGGUUAGGGAAUAUGCGAUUGUUGGAGGGACUAAGAAGCUACGAUACGCGAGGGGAUAUGUCAUCCUUGAGAUACUGUACGUUAAUAACACCACUUUUUAUGCCGUCGGAAAAUCCACUCUCACUUUCCAAUAUGGUUGUACUACUUAUUAGUCAACCAAAAUUUAAGUGAGAGGUUACCAUUGGCUUGCUGGUUGGUAUUAUUUCUAAUCACAAAUAAACUUCAGUUUAAGUGCUGUUGUAAGCUGUAUAUAUAUAUAUAUAUAUAUAUAUAUAUAUAUAUAAAGUUAAAUAAAGCCAGCUAAUUCAUGUCCAAUGUAAUCAAAUAUAUAUUAUACAGUUCAUAAUGACGAAUUAAGAUCGUCUAUAUAUAUGUCCUCGGACGACUCUUCAUGGUUCCAUGAAUUCUUUUUAGGGGUUUUUGUAUUUUUUUUUUCCUUUCCCUCUUUGGAAAUAGUUAAUACGGA